AUGGCAUCCUUCAAGGAGAUGGACAAGAUUUGCUGCAACCUUGAGAAAUCUUCAGUUUUUCACGACAGCACACAACAGACUUUCAAAAUGAAAUUGCUGGUGAUUGCGUGCUUGCUGGUCAUCGCCAGAGCUGCUCCAGUUCCAGGGAGUGAAAGUAAUGAGCAGGUAGCAGCUCAUGCUAAUGAAGCUCUGCGCUGGAUGGAGAUGUAUAGGAUGUACCAACAACAGGGACUGGUGAACCCCUUCCUUCCCGCUGAUGCACCUGCUGACCCAGCAGCGGCCACUGCACCUCUUGUACAGGUGGACGCAGCCCCCGCCCCAGCUGCUGCUGCAGCCCUUGCUGAGGAAGCAUCAGAGGAAGAGGCAGAGGAGGGGGUCGCCCCUAAAGCUGCUGGUGCCGCCCCUGUGAACUCAGAUGAACAGGAGGAGAUGGAGGAGGCUGAGGCUGCAGAGGCUGCUGACCCCGCCCCUGCUGACCCCGCCCCUGCUGACCCCGCCGGUGCUGACCCCGCUCCUGCUGACCCCGCCCCUGCUGACCCUGCCCCUGCGGAUCCUGCUCCUCUUGAGCCGGUGGUCGUUGAUGCCCCAGUGGAGUUUGUCCCCGUGGAUGUGGCCCCUGUUGAUGUAGUCCCUGUUGAUGUGGCACCUGUUGAUGUAGUCCCUGUUGAUGUGGCACCUGUUGAUGUGGCACCUGUUGAUGUGGCCCCUGUUGAUGUAGUCCCUGAUAGAGCACCAAAUGGAUGUUGCUGUGCGAUACACAAGCUAACAAGAUCUGCUGUCAUGGCAACCCCAAGUCUGCUUCCCCCUCUGCUCGCCUCGACGCUCACCUCCGAUGAUGAAGAGUGCACCGAGGAUGAUGAUGAAUUAACGGCGUCUGCUUUCAACGGCGGCUCUCUCAACAUGAACAACUGCAACAGCAACGAGGAGGAGAAAAAGAAGAAAAGGAAAAAAGGCAAAAAAGACAAAAAAGAAAGAAAGGAACGAGAAAGGAAAGAGAAAGAGGAGAAUGAAGCCAAGGAGAAGGAGGCCAAAGAGAAGGAGGCAAAGGAGAAGGAGGCAAAAGAGAAAGAAAAGCAAAAAGAAAUGCCAAAAGAACUGUUUGUCAUAAAUCCAGCUGGAAACCUGUAUUACAACUGGCUUUUUAUUAUCACCAUUCCAGUCAUGUACAACUGGACCAUGAUUAUAGCAAGGGCCUGCUUUGAAGAGCUACAACAUAACUACAUUGGGUACUGGGUUUUAUUGGACUACAGCUCAGAUCUCAUCUACCUUGCCGAUAUGUUCUUUAGGAGCAGAACAGGUUAUCUUGAACAAGGCCUGCUGGUGAAAGACAAGCAGAUGCUGAAAGAUCGCUACAUCUCCAGUUUCCAGUUCCGUCUGGAUGUGAUCUCCAUGCUGCCCACUGACGUAUUCUAUCUGUACUUUGGAAUAGACUACCCAGAGAUCCGGAUUAACAAGCUGCUGAGAAUAGGCCGGAUGCUGGAGUUCUUCACCAAGACUGAAACAAAGACUAACUAUCCAAACAUCUUUCGCAUCGGAAACCUCAUCAUGUACAUUCUGAUUAUUAUCCACUGGAACGCAUGCCUCUACUUCUCCUUCUCCAAGUACAUAGGGUUUGGAGCGGAUGACUGGGUCUAUCCUGCUCUUGAUGACCCAGAGGAGCCAGCAUUUGGUCUGCCCAUGAGGAAGUAUGCUUUUAGUCUGUACUGGUCCACACUGACACUUACAACUAUUGGGGAGACUCCUCCGCCAGCUCUGGACUCCGAGUUCCUCUUUCAUGUGGCGGAUUUCUUGGUUGGAGUCCUCAUUUUUGCCACUAUAGUGGGUAACAUUGCUACGAUGAUUUCCAAUAUGAACGCAGCACAAGCCCAGUUCCAGUCCAGGAUAGACAACAUCAAGCACUACAUGCAGGCUCGAAAGGUCAGCAAAGAACUUGAAGACCGGGUCAUAAAAUGGUUUGACUACUUGUGGAACAAUGGUAAGGCCCAGGAUGAGCGAGAAGUUCUGCGCUACCUCCCAGACAAACUGAGAGCAGAGAUCGCCAUCCAAGUUCACAUGGACACGCUGAAGAAAGUUAGAAUAUUUGCAGACUGUGAGGCCGGUCUUCUGAUCGAGCUGGUUCUCAAACUGCGACCCCAAGUGUUUAGCCCGGGUGACUACAUCUGCAAGAAGGGCGACAUUGGGCGCGAAAUGUAUAUCAUAAAAGACGGCAAACUUGCAGUUGUAGCCGAUGAUGGCGUCACGCAAUUUGUCGUAUUGGGAAGUGGCAGCUACUUUGGCGAAAUUAGUAUUCUCAACAUCAAAGGCAGCAAAGCCGGAAACAGACGAACGGCGAACAUCCGAAGUAUUGGUUACUCUGAUCUUUUCUGCCUAUCCAAAGAUGACCUAAUGGAAUCCUUGACAGAGUACCCAGAUGCCAAGGCAAUGCUGGAGGAAAAGGGGCGCCAGAUCCUCUUGAAAGACAACCUCAUAGAUCUGGACCCUGCAAACAUCCAGCCAGAAGUAAAAGAGCUCGAGGAAAAAGUUAACAAGCUGUAUAGCACAAUGGAUCUGAUGCAGGUCAAGAUAAAGAAGAUACUUGUGAAAUAUGAGUCCACAGAAACGACUCUCCAACUCCGUCUUUCGGACUUGGAGCGGAUGACAGGAGAGGAGCCGGUGGAAGAGGAAGAAUCUAAAAAAGGAGAGGAGUCAAAAGAACAAAUAAAGGUGGAUGAGGCUAAGGACACGGAGCAAACAGGGCAGAAAACUGAAACCAAAGAUGAAAAGUAA